GACAGAUGAACAGAAUAAUGGAUCUAUGAACCCAAGCCAGAAUUUCACAGCGAUACCAAUCGCACAGGCUUUCAACUACAAUCUGAGCAAACAAGGACAUUUAGGAAAAAGACCUUGGAAUGCAUUCAGCCAUCAUAGUCCAGUUAAUGUCUCCGUUCACAGAAUUCCUUGCAUUCUCUUCUGGGCCAAAAGAAUAACAAUUAAAUUUAAGAAUCAGACCUGAAUGGACCUUACAGAUGAAACACUUGGCCAGAAGGGCACAGUGGACUCUGGCAACUCAAAUUGCAGUGAAGAAACUGCCACGCUGUCUCUCAAGUUUGGUGAUGGUGAAAAUUCUGAAGGUCUCUAUGUAAGAUUUGUCCUCACCAAUAACAAGUUGUCAGUCCAGAGCUGGUUUAGUUUACACCGAGUUGAGAUUAUCUUCAAUAACUCAGUCCAAGCAACUUUUAAUGCAACUGGCAUGUAUGCUCCGUCACGUUACUCCUACUACUGCCAGCACGUCAGCAACCUACAGCGGUAUGAUGCCCUCUUGUUGCCCAGAGACCCGGAUGGUAUCCCAAGCCUGUGGGAGGUCACUUUCAUUGAUUUCCAGAUCCAAGGCUUUUCCAUCAAAGGGGAAGAGUUUUCCAAGGCCCGAGAUUGCGCCUCUUCAUUUUCACCAGCCAUUCUGAUUGGCCUGGUGAUGUCCCUGAUUCUGCUGCUGGUGUUAGCCUCUGCCCUGCAUACGCUCAUCUACCUGUGGGAUCUUGACCAGCACUACGAUUUCAUUGCCUCUCCUGCCCACUUCCCGCAGUUGAAAGUUCGAGUUGUAGCAGAAGAGAAGGAACUGCUGAGGAGCCAGGGAGUUGAACACUAUGAACUGAGAAGCCAACAGAUCUGUAAAAUUUAUGUUUAAUGGCACAUGCCUCUCUCUCCUUCCCAGCAUCCACAGUGGGCUCUGACUUGAGUUGUUUCUGUUGUUCUGUGUGGUUUAACUUGUGCAUUGAAUGUUUUCCCUAAAUGACUUGAUUUAACAGAAACAACAACAAAAAUGCAUAAUGAAUUGCUUUUGAAGCAUCCUUUGGCUUAUUUAGAUUGAUUGGGUCAAUGGAAAAGGCA